AUGGCCGAAUUUGUGGAAGCCGAUAACGCAGAAGCCAUUAUCACCAGAAUCGAACAUAAAUCCCGCAAAAUUGAAAGCUUACUCAAACAGCAUAAACCCGUGGAGGCUUUAAAGACAGCCCUGGAAGGCUCCCCUCCCAAUACCAAAGACGAGCGCUGUAAGUCUGCAAAUUGGAUAGUGGUGCAUAGAGCAAUAAUGGCAAUAAAAGAUGUGGAUAGCUUGUUCUCCUAUCUUGAUCCCGAGUAUUUUGAUAUUCUCAUGAAGUAUUUGUAUAGAGGCUUGUCUACUGGAGAUAGACCCACAUGCGACCAAUGCCUGCGAAUUCAUGAGAAGCUGACUGAGAGAGCUGGUUUGGGAUGCAUAUUACGAUCCCUUGCUGACACAGUGAACACUGUUUGA